GACACAAACAAUUCCACGCCUUCUUUAUGACGCCACAUGCAGCGCGUACUUAAACGUGUGUUUGGAUGCGAAUGUGUGUGUGUGUCUGUGUGUGUGUGUGUGUGUGUGUGUGUGUACCUACUCCGCGCGCAAAGUGCCACUGACAAGGUUUUCCAAUGGCAACACACUUUCUACCCUGCGCUCUUCUCCUGGCGUUGGCACUCUUGCCCUCGUCCUUUGCCACGGAGGAUGACCUCAUAGUCGAUACCAGGAAUGGGAAAGUCCAAGGGAGACGUCUCGCAGUGCUGGGUGGUGAUGUCGAAGCCUUUCUCGGCAUCCCUUAUGCAAAAGCACCGCUGGGGAAACUGAGAUUCCGAGCGCCAGAGCCUGCAGAAAGAUGGGAAUGGGUGAAAGACGCCACACAAUAUCCAAAUUCCUGCUUCCAGGCUCCUGAUGUGACCUUUCCAGGUUUCGUGGGUGCGGAGAUGUGGAACCCAAACACUGAAAUGAGCGAAGACUGCCUCUACCUAAAUGUCUGGACCCCUUCCAGCAAAACCGGUAAGAGCUCAUCGCCGGUUCCCGUCCUUGUCUGGAUCUACGGGGGCUCGUUUACCUCUGGAACGUCCUCUCUGGAUAUUUACGACGGCCGCUACCUGAGCAAAGCCGAAGGUGUGGUUGUGGUAUCAAUGAAUUACAGAGUCGGCGCGCUUGGUUUCUUGGCUUUGCCUGACCACAACAACAUCCGGGGUAAUGCAGGCCUGCUGGACCAGCGCCUAGCCCUCCAGUGGGUGGCCAGUAACAUCGCAGCUUUUGGAGGGGAUCCUUCACAGGUCACCAUUUUUGGAGAGAGUGCUGGGUCAGCAUCUGUAGGCUUCCAGCUCCUCUCCCCAGGGAGUCGUGAUCUUUUUCAAAGGGCUGUCAUGCAGAGCGGCGCCCCCAACGCCCCCUGGGCGACUCUGAGCAAGACAGUCGCCUAUGAAAGGUCCGUGAUGCUGGCGACAUUACUGGGGUGUCCCACAGAUCACCCGGCCCGUCUGGACAUGUGCCUGCAGAAGGCUGACCCGCGGAGCAUAACCUCGAAGCAAUUCGAUGUUCUCACCGAGUCAACUUUAGUAGCCGUGCCCUUUGCCCCUCUUGUCGAUGGCUACUUCUUACCGGAUGAACCAGAAGCGCUGCUGCAAAGCACCGACCUCCCGAAGAAAGAAUUGCUGAUUGGAUUAAACAGGGAUGAAGGAACUUUCGUUUUAUUGUACGGAAUGCCUGGAUUUAGCAUCACUGGCGAGAGUCUCAUCACCAGGAAGGAGUUCAUGGAAGGUUUGCACAUUGCUAUGGCAGACGUGGGCUCUGUGGCAGCCGACGCAGCAGUUUUCCAGUACACAGAUUGGACAGAUGAAAAUAACGGGAUGAAAAACCGUGACUCUCUUGGAAGUCUGAUCGGAGACAAAUUCUUUGUUUGUCCUCUGCUGGAGUUUGCGCAAAGGUACUCACAUCGUGGUGGUAAAACCUUCUUCUAUUUUUUUGACCACCACUCUUCCAUAAAUCGUUGGCCGGCGUGGAUGGGCGUUAUGCAUGGCUACGAGAUCGAAUUUGUGUUUGGAAUGCCACUGAAUGCCGCCUUGGGAUACACCAGGAGUGAAGUGAACAUGACCAGGAGAAUCCUGAAACACUGGGCCAGUUUUGCAAGGACGGGUAAUCCAGGAGUUGAUGGGGCUGCCUGGCCUUUGUUUACCUCCGAGAACCAGGAGUACGUCACGCUCAACUCUAACAUUUCCGAAACAAGGAGGAUGAUAAAAGCCAAAGAGUGUUAUUUUUGGAACAAACUGAUACCAAAUAUACAGAAGGUUUCAGAUGAGCUACUGGCUUGCGGGACUGCAACUGGGAAUACCCUCCACUAUCACUGCAUAUGUCUCAUGAUUCUAUUGUUUAUGUUUCAGUUUUUGUAAUCAGGGGAGUAAAAAUCGGUAUUCCUUGUCUAA